AUGUCAACAUUAAAAGAUAUUAUUGAUGAAUUAUUAAAACAAAAAAUAAAUGAUGAUGAUAAUACCAAUAUAAAUAAUAAUAACAAUAAAGAUAAAAAACUAAAUAACCAAGAAAUAUUUAAUAAACUAUCAACCUAUUUACCAGAAAUAUCUGUAAAUAAUUUAGAACAGUUCACAAACGAUACCUAUGAACAACUUUCAAAACUAAAUCAUAAAAUCACAUAUGAUAAAACCGCAGAUGAUUUACAACCAUUUUCUUUAUUCCAAUAUAAUUUAAAUAAUCAAUUUUUUGAUACAAUAAAUGAAAACUCAUUAAAAUAUAACUCCAUCAUAAGGAAAAGAUCAAGAACAACAAAAUCAAAAAAAACCAUCAAUAUUGGGGCACAACAGAAAUAA